AUGGGUUCAGACGUACGUGACCUGAACUCCCUGCUGCCCCCGCUCCCGGCGUGCCCCAGCCCCGGCUGCCCGGCCCUGCCCGUCAGCACGGCCCCUCAGUGGGCCCCCGUCCUGGACUUUCACACCGCCGCCUCCCCGUACUCCUCGCUGGCCGCCCCGCACGCCUCCCUGGCCGCCCCGCACGCCUCCCUGGGGCCGCACUCCUUCAUCAAGCAGGAGCCCAGCUGGGGGGCCGCCGGCGACCCCCACCACCACGACGCCGACCCCCACUGCGGCCUCAGCGCCUUCACCGUCCACUUCUCCGGGCAGUUCACCGGCACGGGGGCGUGCAGGUACGGGGCCUUCGGGGCGCCGCCGCCCUCCACUCAGCCGCCAUCCGUGGCCGCCCCGCACCACCACCAGCCCCCCGGCAGGAUGUUCAGCAACCCGCCGUACCUGACCAACUGCAUGGACACGCAGCAGGCGGCACGCAAUCAGACAGGCUACAGCGCGGUCGCAUUCGAUGGGGCCGGUAAUUACGGUCACACUCCCACACACCACAGCUCGCAGUUCCCCAACCAUUCCUUCAAGCAUGAAGACGCGCUAACCCAGCAAAGCACCAUGGCGGAGCAGCAGUACCCUGUACCUCCACCUGUCUACGGGUGCCACACGCCUUCGGACAGCUGCACAGGCAGCCAGGCUCUGCUGCUGAGAAACCCAUACAACAGUGGAGAACAAGUUGAUGAAAUGACCUCUCAGUUGGAGUGUGUGUCAUGAAACCUGGCGUCCACCAUGAGGAGCCACGCCGCGGGCUACGACAGCGACCCCAGCACCCCCAUGCUGUACAGCUGCAGCACACAGUACCGCAUACACACACAUGGAGUCUUCAGGGGCCUACAGGAUGUGCGGCGGGUGCCCAGCAUCGCUCCGUCCAUCGUGCGGUCAGAGAGCAGCGAGAAGCGUCCGUUCAUGUGCGCCUACCCAGGAUGCAACAAGCGAUAUUUCAAGCUGUCCCACCUGCAGAUGCACAGUCGCAAACACACAGGGGAGAAACCCUACCAGUGUGAGUUCACAGACUGCGGCCGCAGGUUUUCUCGCUCUGACCAGCUCAAACGACACCAGAGGAGACACACAGGAGUUAAACCCUUCCAAUGCGAGACGUGUCAGAGAAAGUUCUCUCGGUCUGACCACCUUAAGACACACACCCGGACUCAUACAGGCGAGAAGCCGUUUAACUGCCGGUGGCCCAACUGUCAGAAGAAGUUUGCCCGGAGCGAUGAGUUGGUGCGACACCACAACAUGCACCAGAGGAACCUCACCAAGCUCCAGCUGGCCAUCUGAGGCUAUAUCUGAAGCCCGUGACACAGUUCAAAAUGUAAACACCUGGGGUUACAUCUGCUUAUAUUUUCUGUCUGCGGUUAAUGCAAACCUGGUGACCCCAGUUGCUCCCCAGAAACUAGCCUGUGUGGGAACCAAUGUCGUCCUGUUAAAAAAGUGAAUAGUAGUUAAGAACUAGAUACUGCAGUCUACACUUAUAAGACAA